AUGCUAAAAAUUAUUAUCCCUACUAUUAUACUUAUACCCCUUACAUGAUUAUCUAAUCCCAAAAUAAUCUGAAUUAAUUCUACAGCACACAGCCUAAUCAUUAGUCUCUUAUGAAUCCCUCUUGCUAAUCAAUUCACUGAUAACACUCUAAAUUUAUCUGUUAUAUUUUUCUCCGAUGCAUUAUCCACCCCCUUACUCAUACUAACACUAUGACUUUUACCCUUAAUAAUUAUUGCUAGCCAAUCACAUCUGGCCAACGAGCACCCUACUCGAAAAAAGUCUUAUAUUACUAUACUUAUUUUACUCCAAAUUUUCCUAAUUAUAACAUUCACAGCCACAGAACUCAUCAUAUUUUACAUUCUAUUCGAAGCUACACUAAUUCCAACAUUAGUUAUUAUUACUCGAUGAGGUAACCAAGCAGAACGCCUAAACGCAGGACUAUAUUUUCUAUUUUAUACUCUAGUAGGCUCCCUUCCAUUACUUAUUGCACUUACCCAUAUCCAAAAUCUAACUGGAACUCUAAACUUUUUACUAAUUCAAUAUUGAACCACACUACUUCCCACUUCCUGAAAUACAACUCUUUUAUGAUUAGCAUGCAUGAUAGCCUUUAUAGUAAAAAUACCCCUGUAUGGACUACACCUAUGAUUACCAAAAGCCCAUGUAGAAGCUCCUAUUGCAGGCUCAAUAGUCCUCGCAGCAGUGCUACUAAAACUAGGUGGCUAUGGUAUAUUACGCAUUACAGUCCUACUAGACCCCCUUACUGACUUUAUAGCAUAUCCCUUUAUAAUACUCUCUCUAUGAGGUAUAAUUAUAACUAGCUCAAUCUGUUUACGUCAAACAGACCUUAAAUCUCUCAUCGCCUACUCCUCAGUAAGCCAUAUGGCCUUAGUUAUCGCCGCUAUCCUAAUUCAAACUCCCUGAAGCUUCAUAGGAGCUACAGCACUAAUAAUCGCACAUGGCCUAACUUCUUCAAUAUUAUUUUGUUUAGCCAAUUCAAACUAUGAACGAGUACAUAGUCGAACAAUAAUCCUAGCCCGAGGAUUACAAAUAUUACUUCCCCUUAUAGCAGCCUGAUGACUACUAGCAAGCCUCACUAAUUUAGCUCUUCCACCAACUAUUAACCUAAUCGGAGAACUAUUUAUCGUUAUAUCAAUAUUCUCAUGAUCCAACCUAUCCAUUACCCUCCUAGGCCUAAAUAUUAUCCUCACAGCCCUAUAUUCUCUAUAUAUACUAAUUAUAACCCAGCGAGGUAAACACACCCAACAUAUUAACAAUAUCUCCCCAUCCUAUACACGAGAAAAUACUCUCAUAACUAUACAUAUCCUUCCCCUCCUAUUACUAUCCAUUAGCCCUAAGAUUAUUCUCGGCACUCCCUACU